AUGGCGGAAAAAAUGGAAAAAAGCUCAAACGAGAAGAAAAGUGGCAUGAUGCUUAAACCGCGUAAAAAAGAAAAGAAAGAGAAAAACAAGAGAGAAGUAGUAGACAAGAAGGUUGAGAUUGUGGAACAGAAUUGUCCGGAGGCCAACAAAAAGGAGAACGUGGAAAAUAAUGAAACUGUGAAGGAAGUAACCAAAAAAAAGGAAGCUGUCGGGACGCAGUCUGCUGCUGGAUCGAAACGCAGACCAAACAUCGCGUUUUUGAAGCAGCAGGCUGAGAUGAUGAGAAAGCAGGAAGAGGAGAUGAAAAUGAAGAAAGAGGCACUAAGACAAAAAGAAAUGGAGGAAACACGAAAGCAGAAGGAGAAGGAAGAGAAAUUAAAGGAAGAACAGAGAAUGAAAGCCGCGGAAAAGAAAGAAGCAGAUGCUAAACCGGAAGGUGUGAAAAAUGACAAGAAAACGGUGGAAGAGCUGCUAAAAAAUCUGAAUUUAGGAAACUUGAGAAUAAGAAAAAUUGAGCGAACGGUCUCAGGGGACAAGAACGAGGUCGCAAAGCCGGCUAAAAAAGAGUACAAGAAGGACUUCUUCUAUAAAGCACCGAUCGUCUGUAUUCUUGGACAUGUUGAUACGGGUAAGACGAAAAUUCUGGAUAAAUUGAGAGAAAGCAAUGUGCAAGGAGGUGAAGCAGGUGGAAUCACGCAACAGAUCGGAGCUACAUUCUUUCCGUAUUCAGAGCUGGUGAACAAAACAAACACUAAGUUUGAUUUUGAUAAUGAUGUACCAGGUUUACUUGUAAUCGAUACACCGGGUCACGAAACCUUCUCAAAUCUUAGGAGUAGAGGCUCAUCCAUGUGUGACUUUGCAAUUUUGGUUGUUGACGUGCUGCAUGCACUCGAGAAACAAACACUGGAGAGUAUCGAACUGCUGAAAUUGCGAAAGACACCUUUUCUGAUAGCACUCAACAAAAUUGACAGGGUAUAUCAGUGGAAGAGUGAGGCAGACGGGUUCCAUCAUUUUGACCUGCAAAGACAAUCAGCUGUCACCAAGACCGAGUUUACCGAUAAACUGAACCAUAUAAUACUUAAGUUCGCAGAGAUGGGACUAAACACUCGGUUGUUCUACGAAAACCCUGAUGAACGUAAGUUUAUAAAUAUCAUACCUACGAGUGCGAUUACAGGAGAAGGCCUGAGCGACCUGGUCAAGAAGAUCAUAGAGCUGUCUUCCAAAUACAUGAAGAAUAAGAUCACGUUUAAAGAUAAGAUGGAAGCAACCGUUCUCGAAGUGAAAAACGUGGAAGGUAUCGGAAUAACGGUGGAUGCAAUUGUUUCAAACGGCUCGUUGAGUGAAAAUGACCGCAUUGUGUUGUGCGGUCUGGAUGGCCCUAUCGUGACAAAUGUGCGUUCGCUUCUUGUGCCCGAGCCACUCAAAGAGCUGCGAAUAAAAAGCGUCUAUAAGAACAUAAAAUGCGUCAAGGCGUCACUUGGUAUAAAAAUUGUGGCCAACGAUUUGGAGCGGACAAUUGCUGGAAGCAGGAUUUUGAGAGUUAGGGAUUACGGGGACGAGGAAGAUGCCAAGCAGCAGGUAAUGGAGGACAUUAAGGAGCUUGCAAAUUUGGAGAAGAUAGGCAUUCAUCUGCAGGCAUCAAGUUUAGGUAGUCUUGAGGCGCUUAUAGCCCUGGUAAAAAAUGAAAAUAUCCCCGUAGCAAGUGUUGGCAUUGGAAAGAACCUGAGUCGAAAGGAUAUCCUUAAAAUGAAGGCGAUCAAGGAGAAAGACGUCAAUGUGGGUAUAAUGCUGUGUUUUGAUACAAAAAUAGACAAAGAAAUGAUGGAUUUGGCCGAGUCGCAGCACAUAAAAAUUUUUGAGGCACAAAUAAUCUACAACCUGAUCGACAAGUACAAGGAAUACACCGAAAAGUUGAUCUCUAUGAACAAGAAGAAGAACAUGGCUGAGCUGGUAUAUCCCUGCAAAUUGCAAAUAAUACCUGAAUAUAUUUUUACCAAGAGGAGUCCUCUUAUUCUUGGCAUAGAGAUAAUUGAGGGUAAGCUCAAGAUCAACAUGCCGCUGUUCGUAAAGCAUGAGGACGAGAUCAUUCAGGUCGGAAAGGUCACGUCAAUGAUCAUGGAAAAAAAAAGCGUAGAGGUGGCAGACAAGGGCGGUAAGCUAAGUAUCAAAAUAGAAACAACGGAUGCGCCCAAGUUAAUAGGACGAGAUAUCAAAGUCACUGAUCUAAUGUACUCUACGUUGACACGCCGGUCAAUAGACGUUUUGAAAGAAUUUUACAAAGACGAGAUAACAGACGAUGCGUGGCGACUAGUGAUGGAGAUCAAACAAUUUCUCGGUAUUAUUUGAUAUAGAAGACAAUGUUUUCAUUAAAUAUCCUCU